UCAUUGUGAAUAAUGUGAUUAAUGUGAAUUGUUGGUGUUUAUUUGUUAUUUGUUACAUUCCAUUUGUCCCGUUGUGCCUACAUAAUUAUUUAUUACUCUGUGGUUUGUCAAUCAUCAUGAUUCCCAAGUCGUAAUUCGAAUGAUUAUUAUUAUCAUCAAUACUGUUGUUUAUUAUUCUAAACUCUUUUAAAUGUUAACUAGUACACUUAGUUCUCUGUUGUGCAGUGAAUUUUAAUCAUUUUGGUACCAGCAAUAUUACAAGUAGUUGUCUGUAGUGGACACCAAUCGUCGAGAUGAAUGUCAGGAAGAAAAUCUUACCGGUCAUAUGCUUGAUGUCUGCAUACGUGCACUGGAUCAAGCCUCGUUUGCUGACUGCUUCCGCAUCUAAAAGCGGCAAGUCACUACUAUUGCACUUGUGUGGCCGUUCCAGGUUUCUCAUACCCAUGAUCGUGUUCACUGCGUUUUGGCUAUUUGACGCACAGAUGCAGAUUGAGGCUUCUGUCAGCCUKACGCUCAGGCGGAAUGUACAGAUAACUAUUGGUACAGCUGAAGAGGAACUAGAAGUGGACAUUGAGGACGUUGAGGAGGAGGAGGACAAUGAUGAUGAUGAUGGUGAUGAUUCUGCUGAUUCUGCUGAUGAUGAUGACAACUUGUUCGCCAUUGAUUCUUCUAUUUCUGAUACUAAUAUCAUUGAAGUGGAAGAUGUACAAAUUGCAUUAGAGGAGUAUAUUCAUGAUAGUUUUGCGCAUAGAAGGUAUGCUUUUAGGGGUCCACGACCUAAUUUUCAUCGCAAUCACCAUCAGCAGUAGGAUCAACUAUAAUUUUGAAAGAAAGAACUUUUUUUCCCCAUCCAAAAUAAUUAAAUACCUAUGUCUAUUUUAGAAAGCCAUAAAUAACUACUCCAAAAGUAAUU